AUGGGACUUUUUCUGCCGUUGGUGUUGAUCUCAGUUAUAAGCAUAACAGAUGGCCAAAUAAGCGCCAUGUUUGGGAACCCUAUUCAGGCGCCGAACUGUGAAUCUUGGUCCGAAUGGGGACCUUGUGUGUGGUUGAAGGGCAACGAGAAGAGGUUUCAACGGUCCUACUUCGAUCAGCUGCUGCCUGGUCGAAAAGGAUGUCGGUCACAUGUCUUCUUCCGUCUGCUGAAGGAUCGAUGGGGAACGGCUUUCAACAAUUUCUACAACUACCUACGCGAGAUCACAGUAAGCGAACAACAAUGUGGCGAAUGCUCUUACCAACAGAGCUGUGGACGCCAAUGUCACCGACGCGGAGAUGUCGCCAUGAUCAAUCCCCUAUUCGUGGCUGAGCGCCGAUGCAUGGGAAUCGACCAAAAUAAGGCCUGCACGUCAAAAUACAUGCCAGACUGUAAGCUUUGGCCCAAUUCCAAAAUACAACUGCCCAACGUUACCGAGAGCAUGCAGCAGAUUAUCGACGGUCUCGACUACCUCUCAUGUGUUCCCCAACACAGGCCAAAUGGUUCAGUUUGUCGUUGUUGCUGUCAUCCUACACGCAAAUCACCCCAGACAUUCGACUGUGAACUGAAGCCGUUCAUAAACAAAAAUUGA